AUCGGCGCGGUUUACGGUGACGUAACAAAUGUGCGACUCGAAAGCCAGGUGUGCUCAUAAUUUUGCGACUUGUAGUACUUGUGUUCACGUGUUAUUCUGCUGCUCGUUGAUGUGGUUACUUAGUUAUCUGCUCUCGACUACACCGGUGUCAUGAAGCUGGAGUUAUCUAAAGUGGUCCGUGGUUGCCGUCUGGGGCUUCUGACCAGCAUUGGGCAAAGCGAGCAUCACUCUCUGGAAGUUCCAGGCUGUUUCCUGUACACUCGCUGUGCCACUGUGCCACAUUUGACCCAGGACACGCUUCACACACUCAGCAACCUGCCUGCAGUCACACAGGUCACGCUGGAGAGCCUCGCAGAGCACCAGGAAGUCCUGGAGGAGUUUAAGCAUGGUGUAAGAAAGUUUUCAGGUCUACACAACACGCUGCUCUUCUGCUCCCUCCAUGACCCUGCUACGCCUCAUCCCGCCGGCCACGUCACCAACAAGACAGUAUCUGUAUGGGGCAGUGGAGGAAGAAUAGAGCUGUCGGUGGCCAGGUUUAUGGCCAUGCAGGCAGCCAUACGGCCAGACGUCUACGAGAGCAUGGCAGACGGAGAGACGUGGCCGGCGAACACGACGCGGAAGAGGGUGCGUAAAGCAGUGGAGCGCACUCUCUCGCAUCUGGAUGAGUGUCUUGAGUUGCACCAUAAAUCACAGGAGUUGAAAACUUCUGACAUAUUCGGCGUAGUGGAGGGAGGAGACAUCUUAGAGGAGAGGCUGAGGUCAGCACGCGAGACGGCCAAACGGCCCGUGGCUGGAUUCGUCCUGGAUGGCUUCCAGUCCACCUCCAUGGAGCAAGAGCUGAGGGAGAAGCUGAUCACAGCAUUGACUGCAGAGCUGCCUCAGGAAAAACCGAGGUUGUUGAAAGGUGUGGGUUGUCCAGAUGAGGUCAUAGCUUGUGUGGAAGCUGGAGUGGAUCUGUUUGAGGGCUUCUUCCCUUUCCAGGUGACGGAGAGAGGCUGCGCCCUCUGCUUCAAAUACACCAUCACACCUGACCCAGAGACUGCAGGUACAUCUCCCCCUACAGUACUGGAUUCGAACAAAGAUGCGCCUGCUGUUGAAGGCCUGAUAGAAAAUGGAGACGGCAGCCCUGAAAACAUGACCCGAUUCGAGAUGAAUCUGAAGGACACAAGGUACCGGGAUGAUUUCCGCCCGCUGGUUGAUGGGUGUAGCUGUUACUGCUGUAAGAACCAUAAAAGAGCUUACGUCCAUCAUCUGCUGGUGACCAACGAGCUGCUGGCGGGAGUGUUGCUGAUGCUGCACAACACGGCUCACUACCUGGGAUUCUUCCAUGCCUUGAGGGAAGCCGUGGCCAACGACCGGCUCCAGGACUUGAAGAAGAAAGUGUUUCAGUGACCAGUGUGGACUAGAGAGCAGGGACUAAAUGCAAUCAUACGGUUCAGAGGAACAAGAAGAGAAUAGUGUUGGAAAUGAUAAAAAUGUCAAUUUGGGUCUUUAUCCCUCCAGUCCAGCUGAAAGCAGGAAAUCCACCAUCUGUAAGAAAUUUGUAAGAAAGGAUAAUUCCAGUUCCUGUAGUAAUAAUACAUGUAGUAAUAUUUUUACACACCCUAGGCUUCACAUAUCACGCUGGAUAUGAAGUUUAUUUAUAAAUCAUUCACAGGAACAUUUACAAAUAGAUGUGCUUUUCAUGAAAAUCCAGUUACUGAAAAAAAACAAGCUUUUAUCCUUUGAGGACUUCAGAGGUUGUGUAAAUUUACAUAUGUUUAGGAAGACACAUUAAAAAUGGCAGAGUUACUGCAGCUUUAUGGGUUACGCUCUCCACUUUUCAGUUACGCCCAUUUUUAAAAAAUAUUAAUGAAAACAAAUCCAUAAACAAUGACCAAUAAGCCUAGUGAUUCAAUUAGAACAAAAGUAAUGGCGCCCCGUAAAUGGGAAAGUGUCUGGCAGCUGAUGCACUGCAGUGGUUGAGCUGCAUUAUAGGAAGAUUUUGAGGACAAAGCUCUUAGUUAGGUCACUCUUUCACCAUUCAGGUGCCGUUUUGUUGUUCACAGCUUUUCUAUAAGCAUUGCCAUGAACCCUUCAAUUAUGGUUGUGUUUUUGUGUAAUA